UCAUAAUUAGGAGCAUUAAAACUCUGGCUGGGAAAGCGAACGCAAAGUUCAACAGCAUGUAGCACGCUAUCCGAGAGCAACGACAAUGAAACAGGUUGUGAACAGCGAUUAGGAAGAAAUAAUAUCCCGUGACAGUGCUAGCAGAGCCAAGACUUGCUGUUGAUUAGGGUUCGGUUAUGGAGAGUACGGAGUGGAAUGACGGUCCCGCUGGGGAGGAUUUCCUUUUGUACACCAUCGAGGAGGAGAGGUCGAGCCUAAUUUUUGAAGGCACCGCUCGGCAUUGCUGUUUGAAGAGUAACUGGGAGCUGGGGGAACCAGGAAGCGACCCUGUCAACAAGUUUCUGGACAAGCCGGCAACAGGAGUCACUCAGUCAGACAUGGUACGCGACUCAAACGUACAGGGUCCAUUAGAAGAAAAUGAGGCAACCGUUUCACUUUCUGAAGAACCAUCACAUGAUUCAACAGCCAUAGGAUAUUGGGAAACAGAUAUUUCACUGAAACUGAUAAUGAAACGACAAACAACAGGACUUCAUGACAUUCAGCUGCAGGACAUGCUGAGAGCAAAGCUGCGCAUUCUAGAGAAUGACUGUGGAGAGGUUGUUGUCCUCCUUAGUGAACUUUCAGCCAGGCUGCUGUCCAUACAUAGUGACCAAGACUUGAUUAUAAUUACUUUUAAAACGUUUGAAGAAAUUUGGAAAUUUUCAACAUACUACUCACUAGGCUUGGUUAGUCACUGCAUGGAAAACACACUGUUAGAUCAAGGCUUUUGGCUGAAUUGUCUUGAUGAAGAGGAUAUCAGAAUUGAGGUGCAAAUAAGUGAUGAGUCUCUCAAAGUAAUGUGCAAAAGUCUUCUUUUACAGGAAGGAAUGUUUUUUGUGAAGUAUCCAUUCAGUUUUCAGCAAAAUGAAGAAAAUGACCACCAGCCUAAAGGGAAUGACCUUGUUGCUGUCGAUAAACCAAAGAGUGGUUCUCACUUGUCAGGAAAGUCUCUGAUCAGUGGAAAGAAGAUUUCUGUUCCAAAAUCUUACAUGGAGCUGCUUGUCCCUUUUCAUCAGUGGUUUUUUAAAAGGCACAGUGAAAGCAUUGGUACACUGAAUAACAUGGCAGCAGAAUUUCCUCAUCCACUUGGGCAGGGAUCCUGUGUGGCAGAGGUUGAUUAUGAAGGUGUUGGACCUGAGGAACUGAGCUUUCGAAUGGGUGAAAAGAUUGAGAUAAUUGGCUUCCUCAGUACAUGUCUGCAAUGGUUUCUGGGGAAAAAUGAAGCAAAUGGAAGAAUUGGAUUUGUGAAAAUAACUCACAUGAAGCCAGAAGACUUCACACCCCUGGCAAAUCAUCUGCUGUUCAUUGAUGAAGAAGAAAAGUACUAUUUUAUGGAACAGGAUAAGUUUACUGAAGAAGAUUCCUUGGAGAUGCUUAAGCAGAUGACGCAAACUGACAUCAGUGUAGUCUAUCGAAUGGAUCCGUUGAAUCCACAACAUGAAGAGAAAGAAGAAAAACAAACUCCAAGUACUCAAGAACUUGAAUUGUUAAAAGCCAAGUUGAGUAAGACUGGAAGUAGGUUAGAAGAGGAAAAGCCUACUCCUUCAGUCAACAUGAGGGAAUCUGUUGAACAGAGUUCUGUAAGUUGUGACCAAGAGGAUGGACUUGACUCCGAAGAGCCUUGGUUGCUUGUAGAGCAUACAGAUAAACUGGACAAUCUGGAAAUCUUCCAUCGUUUCUUAGUCAUGCUUAAUAAUGAGGAAUACAGCAAAUACUUCAAACAUCUGUAUGACUCCUCUUUUUCAUUUCUAAAGUCCACCUUUCAUAACUUUUGUGAAGAAGAAGUGGUUCGUUAUCUUGAGGUGGCAAGGGAGGCAGCGAGAAAGAGACAGAUGCAGUGGGCCCAAACAAGAAUAUGUUUUCUACUGGGCAGAAUGUGUGCCAAGAAGUUCAAGUACUCUCAAGCCAGAGUUUAUUUUGAAGAAGCUCUAUAUGUAAUGAAGGGUCAAUUCACUGAUUUAUUUCUCUUAAUCGCUCUGUAUACAAACCUUGUUACAAUAUACUUGAAACAGAAAAACAAAGAAAAAUGCUCUGCCAUUUUUGAGAAAAUUGCAGCCUUACUCUUGGGUAUACCAAACUACAUUUGUACCACUGAAAUGGAAGCAGACGUUCUGAAUUAUAUUUUAGGGAAGGCAGUGCUAUCUGAAAAUAAACAUGCUGAGGCAAGAGCAUGCUUCCUUUUAGCUAAACUUCAUAUAAAUCUUAAAGAGUAUGAAGAUGCAUUGCCUUUCAUUGAAAGACUGCAGUUUUUGAGAAAUAUGUUAAUGGUAGAGAGUAGGACCUCCUUAGACUUUCACUUUACAUUAGGGUCACUGUAUUACCAAAAAUGUCUGCCAAACCUUGCUAUAAGCUGUGCCAAACUUGCAUGCAUACAGCCUUCUAGAACUCUAAUGGAUUGUUUGAGAGGCGCUAACUUUGUUAUGAAAGGGACCUCAAAGCUCUGUGGAAUGGGUAGACUGUCUUCCACAAUUCCAGUACAAGUAGUACCCUACCUCAAAUGGGCAGUUUCAUUGGCAAGCAUCCUAAAACAGGACCAUAUUAGCCAAGUCCUUUGCCACAGCUUGUCAGACAUUUACAAAUUGCAUGGAAUGUAUGGAAAAGCAAUUCAUUAUAUGAAAAUGGCCAUUAACACAGAUGUAUUCACUAGUACGGAGAAGAUAGUGUCUUUGCUCAUUUCUUUUGCAUGGUUGCACAUUGUGAACAGCCAAGCUGCUAAAGCCAUUGUCUUUUUAAGCACCAUACUGGAGUCACCUUCUGUUCAGAAUUGCCCUGUCCGACAGGGGAUUGUUCACAAUAUGGUUGCUAUUUCAAUGAGGAGAAUGGGAAAUGUCAAGGAGGCUGCUAAGAACUACCACCAAGCUCUGUCAAUAUCUGUGGUUUCGGGGAUGAAAUUGAACCAAGCUAUUACAAAUGCCAAUUUUGGUUUGCUCUGCCUUUGGUUGAAGGCCUAUCGUAUUUCUGAACAAUUUCUUUUGAAAUCCAUUCAUAUCUUCUGUGAGCUGGCAAAUGUUGCAUCAGAAGCAAAUUUUUUUCAGGUCCUGAUUAUACUGGGACAGUGCUACAUCGAACAAGAAUUAAAAGAAAAUGGAAAACUUUGUUAUGAAUGGGCACUUUUAAUUGCACUGAAAGCAAAUCUUAUUGAAAACCAAGUACGAGCCACUCAAUUGCUAUGUCAGUUCUACAACUCUAUCGUACCUAAUGAGGCCCAGUGCAUCAUCUACAAUGAGUUUCUGCUCCACCUCACUCAUAAGCUGGCAGACAAAGAACUGGAGGGACAUGUUUUGCAGAACACCAGUCAACUUUACCUCCACCUGAGAACUGAAAGGGCAUUCAGGUCAGCACUGGAGUAUACCAAACGGAGCCUCGGCAUCUUCAUAGAUCUGGAGAAAAAGGAGAUGGAAGCCUAUGCUUGGUUGCAGGCUGGGAAGAUAUAUUACUUGCUGGGAGAAAAUGAAUUGGUAGACAUGUACUUACAGGUUGCUCAAGAUGCGGCAGUGUGCACAGAAAAAUUGGACUUCGCACUGGAAAUUUUUGAAGCAGCUGGAGAUGUGUUUUUUAAUGGGUCUGGGGACAGAGAGAAAGCUGUAUCCUUCUUUAGGGAUCGAGCACUUCCUCUUGCUAUCAAAGUUGAAAAUGCAGAAGUGGAACUCCGACUCUGUAACAAGCUGACAGAACUACUACUGCACGUGAAGAUUUAUGCAGAAGCACUAGAAUAUGCUCAAACUGCUCUGACACUCAGUGUGACACUGGGAGACACCCUUAAUGAACGUGUUGCUUAUCAUCGACUGGCACUAGUACAUCAGUCCCUUGGUCAGUGUGAGCUGGCUGAGCACUUCUAUCUAAAGGCACUUUCCCUUUACCCCUGUCCACUGGAAUUUGAUGAGGAGGCAAUUUACUUUGUCAGAGUUUACGUACAACUGGGAGAUAUGACAUUCUAUGAUCUCAAGGAUCCAUAUGAUGCCGCAGGCUAUUACCACUUAGCUCUUGCUGCAGCCGUGGAUUUGGGCAGUAAGAAGUCUCAACUGAAAAUCUGCACUAGACUUGCCACUAUCUACCAUAAUUUCCUUGUGGAUCGGGAAAUGUCACUGUAUUUCUAUCAGAAAGCAAGGAAAUUUGCCAAUGAGCUUAAUAUUCGAAGGUUAAACCUUUCUCCAGCGCAGUAUUAUAAAACUGUAGCACAGGCACCUUCAAAAUUUCUCUUUUAAGCAGGAAGUGACUACAACGCUACUUUGAAACAAUUUGCUCGAAGAGCCAUCAACAAGCAUCAGAUCAUUCUAUUUGGGUGCUAAACCUAAGCUAGUGAAUUUAAAUUCCUUUUUUUGGUUACACCACCUCUUUCUCAUCUGGCUUCGUUUUCCAGCAGAAUGAAACUGAGAUUGCCACCAGUCACAGUGCCAGGGCAGAAAAAUAUUUUACUUUAGGAAAGUAAGUUAAUUAAAGAUUAGAUUUGUUUCUUUACAAAUGUUUGUAGGGACAAUUCUUUUAAGAGUAGAACACAAAAAAAAUGUAUAAAAGAACAAGUUCUUCAUUCUGAUGCACCAGCAGCUGAGAUAUUUAAGAACGCCUAAAAUGUCAGUAUUAAGCAGUGACAUUGUUGUCAUUUGCAUUGAACAAGGUCAUUUCUUGUUGCUUCCUCAUUUACUUUUUCCCUCUUUUUUUUUUCUCUAUUUUUCUUCAUGACCGGGGCCACUUGUCUGGUAAAACUUAAAUUUAUUGCACGGGGAAAUAUCCCAGCUCACAUUCAUUAAUGGGUGUCCAAAUGUGAAUAAUACUGAAAACACUUUUUAUUUGUCAGUGUCACUAAUUCUGGAGAGAUUGCUGUUUACAUACAUAGAACUAAAUUGUGCAAAACACUUCAGGAAUAUUGUAUUGUUCCUUGUUAAGCUGAAUAACAUUAUUGAGAAAUCUAAAUGAGGGAGAAAAUGGUUGCUUUCUGCUCUAGCUAUUCUGAAAUGUAAGCAAAUAAUGUAAACAAACAUUCUUCAUUUAUCAGAAUCGGUCUGUUGACCCAAAUGUUCCGUGUUGUUCAAGUUGUCAAUUAUUUAUUUUUCCAAUUUUUAAAAUAGAAAUUGGAUCCAGAACAGUGCCUUGUCUUAGCCAAUUUUUCUGCACUUGUUUCUUGGCACAAGAAAUACCAAUAGUCUUAUACAGAAGUAACCCAGUGGUCUUGUUUCUUUGCUAUGGUUGACAUUGUACAGUUUGACCUUUUUAAUGAUUAAUGUAUUGCCACUAAUA